AUGCAGCCACCCCAACUGCCCUGCAACUGUCUCGCCCGGACAACAGAAACCCUGGGCUGCUUUCCAGACCUCUCGACCAGAUCUCCAACAGAAACCUACCGCAUCCCUCUAGAUGAGGUCCUCUCCCUCGGAACAGCUUUGGUCGAGCACUGGGAACUAUUGCAUGGCUGCACUGUAACCGAUACACAUCUGGAUACAAGCAUGCUGCGGGCAAUGAUGGAGGCUGCGGUAAAGACGCUCACGCUGUACGAGGCGGCGGUUGAGUCCAUACUGGGAGGCUGGGGCAAGGAGUCGGAUGGCGGGGGAAUCGAUCACUCCCCACCGAGCAACGGGGAUACUGUCGAAACAAAGCCUACAGUAGUUGUAACUGAGGUACCGGUAUAUUUUGGGGCCAUGGAGCUAGAUCGCCAGGAAAAGACGAUUGCGGCGCGUGAGACUUUGCGUCAUGCUGCUAUGCGGUUGGGGAAGAUGCUGCAGGAUAUCGAGGAUAUGGGGGCUAAUCCGGGAAAUGAACAGGCGAGACAGCUUAAAUCUCGGUUGUUUCGAAUCCUGGGAAGACUCAACAGUUAG